UUGCGAGCCAAUCGGUUGCGGGACGGGAGCGCUGGGACCAAUUGAGUUGUCGCGCCAUGGCCAAGAACAGCAGCAGCAAGAAGCAGGACAAGGCGCCCGCGAAGAAGAAGGUGCAUGCCAAGCCGACGCUCAAGAAAGGCCAGCCCUUUGCUGCCCUGAGCAAGGGCCACAAGCGUCCAUCGUCGAACGCCGCCAAAGCGACUGUAAACAAGACGGUCCAGCGACCCACCAAGCACCAAGAGCUCCAGCGCAAGCAGCGCCUCGACGAGCAAAAGAACUUUGAAGAGCGGAUGAAUGCGACCAACCUUCGGAAGGAACGCGCUGCUUCGGCGCCCGCCUUUGUCAUGGCGCCACCUACCUUCAGCUUUCUCGGGGCGAGCAACCCGUUCGUACCGGUGGCUGCGCCGGCACCGACCUCGGCCCUCGAUGCGUUCAUGCAGCCCCUCAUGGCAACCGAGCAGGCGCCCACGGUGGCGCCCGUCCGCGUUCAAGCCCGCGUGUCCAAGCCCAAGAACGUGUUUGCUGCGCUCCAGGACGACGACGACGACGACGAGAUGGCGCCGCCGCCGAUGCUCUUUCAGAUGAAACCUGCGAGCUUCCGGAUUGCACCGCCCAUGUUUGAUCCUGACCUGUAAUAGUACUAAGUACCAACUCUCCACGAACGAUUCGAAUGAUGGUGACUCGUCUUUGCCACUGGUGUA